GGACGUCAGCGCGGGGAUGGGCGGGUCUCGGUACGGAAAAUGUGGGCCCCACCCACGAACUUUAAAGACAGCCGAAGCCUCGACAGACAGAAGACGUACUCGCCAAGGAAGUGACCAAAAGCUAAUUGACAAGAAUGAGCUACCCUGGAUAUCCCCCUCAGGGUGGAGCAUACCCUCCACAACCCGGUGCCUACCCACCUCAGCCUGGAGUUUAUCCUCCACAGGCAGGAGGCUACCCACCACAGCCAAGCGGCUAUCCUCCACAGCCUGGUGCCUAUCCGCCACAGGCUGGGGGUUAUCCCCCUCACGCUGGAGGAUACCCCCCACAAGCUGGAGGCUACCCCCCACAAGCUGGGGGCUACCCCGCCGCACCCCCUCAAGGCAGUUGGGGGGGUGGCCCCGCAGGUGGAUAUCCCUCCAUUGGUCUUGACAACUUUUCUAACCCUGGAUACAAUGCUGGCAUGGGAAGCCAGAUGUCUGGAGGCGUCUUCGCCCACACACCCGGGGGGUUUGCACCAGGCCCCCAAGCUGGUGCGUAUGGUGCCCCCAGCCCUAACCAACAAUCAUAUGGCCUGUACCCACAGCCAGGAGGGACCAUGCCCCAACAACAGGGACCAGCAAUGGGCUACCCUGGUCAGCCUGGCCAGCCAAUGCCUGGAUACCCCCAGGCACCAUCGCCCAACCCACCCAUGCCAGGUUAUGGAGGGAACCCAGCACCUAUGCCAGGGUACCCCAGUGUCCCGCCAUCAAAUCCAUCCAUGCCAGCCUACGGAGGAGGAGCAAUGCCAGUAGCUCCAGCCAUCAAUAGAGGAUUCAGGGGAACAAUGAGGGACUUUCCUGGGGCUGACCCACUUAAAGAUGUGGAGGUCCUGAGAAAAGCCAUGAAGGGCUUUGGGACGGAUGAGCAAGCCAUAAUUGACCUUCUGGGAAGUCGCUCCAUUCAGCAGCGUGUACCUUUACUCAAAUCCUACAAAACCUCUUAUGGGAAGGACCUGAUUAAAGACCUGCAUUCAGAGCUGUCUGGGGACUUCAGGAAGCUGGUCAUGGCCAUGUUAAAGUCCCCAGCUGAGUUGGAUGCCUAUGAACUCAACAGUGCCAUAAAGGGAGCAGGAACUGAUGAAGCCUGUUUGAUAGAGAUUCUGUCCUCUCGCUCCAAUGCUGAAAUCAGGGAAAUUAAUCGAAUUUACAAACAAGAAUACAAGAAGUCACUGGAGACUGACAUUAAAGGGGAUACCUCCGGCCACUUUGGCAGGCUCCUAAUCUCUCUUGCUCAGGGUAAUAGAGAUGAACGAGAGACUGUUGAUAUCUCUCUGGCUAAGCAAGAUGCUCAGGCACUGUACGCUGCUGGAGAGAACAAACUCGGAACAGAUGAGUCAAAAUUCAACGCAAUCCUAUGUGCCAGGAGCAAGCCACAUCUGAGAGCAGUGUUUCUUGAGUACCAGAAGAUGUGUGGCAGAGACAUUGAGAAGAGCAUCAGCAGGGAGAUGUCUGGAGACCUUGAGAGUGGCAUGUUGGCAGUGGUGAAGUGCAUUAAGAACACGCCUGCCUACUUUGCUGAGAGACUUUACAAAGCCAUGAAGGGGCUCGGGACUAAAGACAGAACCCUGAUCCGCAUCAUGGUCUCUCGCUCUGAGGUUGACAUGCUGGACAUUCGUCAGGAGUAUGUGAAAAACUACGGCAAGUCGCUGUACACGCACAUCUCUGGAGACACAUCAGGGGACUACAAGAAACUCCUGCUGAAGCUCUGCGGUGGCAGUGACUAAAACACAAUUGCAACGCUCUAUCAAUAUUAUUUAUCCGCCCUGUUCUCUCUAUUAUACAUAACUAGCCAAACUGCAUGCCAUGCCAAUGCUUCCAAUGCAAUGUUUACCAAGCAAUAAGAACCAUCCUACAUUUUGCCACAUGCAGUUGCUUUUCUACAAGCUGAAGGUUUUAUAUUUUUUCACUCGUUAUGUUUACUAGGUAAUUGGAUGCAUGUGGCCAUAAAAUUGAUUGUAUGAGUACUUAAAUCAAAGUUUAAAGAUCUAUAUAUUUUUAAAGGUCUGUUUUUUGUUGUUUUUAUGGGAUAUUACAUAAUUAUAUAUGUUAAACAGCCAGUUUUUUGUGUUCAGCAGUGCUGGGUAAUGAGUGAAACAUGAAUUACAAACCAGCAAAGUACCAAAGAAAAAAAAGCAUGUUUGCAGCUGUAUAAUCUACUCCAAAGUAUGUCUGCAAAGUAAGUCUUUUGUUUAUCAUUGUUGUGAUUAGGAGAUGUAGAUGGCAUUGUUUUAUGUAAAAAAAGUAUUCUUACAUUUUAUAAAUUUUAUCUUCUGUUAAUUGUGGCUUAUCUUAUUUCCUAUCUGUUAUUCACAACAAAUGAAUACGAUGGAACUGCGGUUGUGACUUAAGGAAAACAAGGUGUUAAAAACACAAUUGUUUUCAUUUUGAUAAGAAGCAACCAUUGGUUUAUGCUCAUAGUGAUAUCACAAGGCUCCUCUUUUCCAGUAGAGGGCAGUGACGUCUGUUUCCACACAGCCACACCAAAAUUUCAUUUUCAACAAUUUACCAGAAUCAUGAUGCAGUCAGAGUAAAUCAAUUGUUAUCAGCAGUAUAGAUUUAUACAAGCCACAAAGACCUUGUACUUACACACUGAAUAUAAUGAAAGUUUCACAAUCAAUUUCAUAUAGUAAUAGGAAACUCCUAAAUACCUUGCAUUCACCUCAAUCAAUAUGGACAAUAAUUUGUCCUUCCUGGUGGAGUUUAAGGCCAACACGCCGGGCUGCUCGGGGCUCUAUGCCUUAUUAGGUCCUGUUGGAUUCACUUAAAAUGCUUUUGAAAACACUUGCCUGUAAAGAUGUGGUGCUGUGCUUGAGCGGGUACAGUAGUGUGUGUUAACUGCACCGCAGUCAAUAACUGAGGAGAGGAGGGGGACUGGAAUUGAUGAUGGCCAUAAAGCUUCCUUAGUCACAUUAACAAGUCUGCAACGCCCUGCCGAAAGAAUCGCUUCUGAUCAGAUCAAGUUACAACUGACUGCAAUGGGUUUGAGGGCUUGAAACAGAUGUUGUCAUUGCAUGAUUGAGAAUUCUAAUGAAGAUUAACUAGGAUUAAAUACCUUUUAAUAAGAUCAUAAAGAUCUUAUUUGAUUAGUUUUAUACAAUAAUGUUUUCGCCAGCAUUGCACAUUUGAUAUAAUGAUCAUCUGUUUGCUAGUGCCCUGCUUAAGGCAGAGACAAUCACGGUUGAUUAAAAAUCACAAUUGAGCAUUUGAUCUAAUUGUCUGCAAUACCAUUCAGUACGGUGGCCCUGCGGUGCAAAAACAAUAGCGCAAACACAAUUAUGAUACAAAAAACAUGCAAAAUGUUUUUUUGUUUCGUGUUUCUGUUUCCACUGAAAUAAUGUAAUAUGAUAAAUGAAUGUUAUAUGAUAAAUAAAUUAUGUUGUGUUACGAUGAAUGUAAUAGCAAAAGUUGCCUAAUUCAAUGCCGAUAAUGCACAGCAGGUUAAGCGGGAAUUCUAUGUUGACCCUGUGAUGAACUUGCUUACUCUACCCUGCCUUUUGCCUUUGUUUUUAUCAUUUUACAUCUUGGAAUUUCUUGGUGCUGUUGAUUGUUUUGUAUUUUUACACUUUCAAGCCAGUUUCUCACAAGUUUGAAGUAUUAAAAAGCUCUAAAUAAUUCACACGACAUAAACAAAGGAUUCUCGUCCAGCAUGCCACUGCUUCCUCUUUACUCAUUAAGAGGACUGUAAUUCUUAUACAUUGUGACAGGCACAGGGUAAAACUGAAAUGGUCUUGCAUAAUGCAGAUGCAGCUGGUAAAAUAAUGUCAAAAGUAAGUGAGUGUUGACGCAAUUGUUUAG